AUGCUGACCGCAAACAUGCGUCCCGAUCAGGGUGAGAUCUGGAUCGAUGGCAAAAACCUGCACACUGAGGCCUGUCGGACACUCAAUGCCCUCGGGUACUGCCCCCAAUUCGACGCUCUGCAUCCCCAUCUGACGGGCUACGAGACCCUGCAGUUCUAUGCGCGCAUUCGCGGCUUCCCAGAUCACACCAUCCGACGCAGUGUC